AUGUCUCAAAACCCCGCCUGUCCAUCACCCCCCGCCUCGCGUUCGCAAACCGCGCCGCAUGAUCUCCCAAACGAGUACACCUAUGUCACUGGAUUGUCUGAUCGGGAAAGGGUUGACAUGGUACUUCAGCAAAUGCAUGGUCAACAUCGCUGGAGCCUCAAGACCUUUAUUUGCAAACUGGUAACGGCGCAGCCUGAGAAACAUGAGAAACGUGCUCGGUCAACUGACUACCGCGCACAAAAGCUAUUUGAAGCUAUUUGUGAGCAAGAUGAGGUGCUGGAUGAGCUACGCAAGAUUUCUGAGACUGUUCAGUCAUCAGGGCAGUCGGAGCUGGUCAAGAUCAUCCGCAACGAGCUUGCCCAGUUUGAUGAAUCUGGAGUCGGGCUGGGCCGGUUCAUCACAGACGAGACAGUUGAUCAACUGCUUGUACCCCAGCUCACUUCACGUGGGCAGUCCACUGCUCCUCAUUUAUGGGAUCUCCUUGUCCAUAUCAUGAUGCAGCAGCACCCAAGUGCUCGUGAUACAUCUCAGAAGUAUCAGGGCAGUAUCUUUAUGAUCUGCAUGAUGUUGGCUUCAGCCUUUGCUCCUCAGACCUGCGAUAAAUUCCUCGUCAUGCUUGGAAUUCAUUUGCCUGAAUUUAGCCAUCGAUCGAGGGAUGUCUGUUCAUGGCCUAGUCCUGCAGAGCAGCGACCAGCCGCGCCACGGGGAGCAGUUCUGGCUUUUCGACGAACCAUUGAGCUCACUGAUUAG